AUGCAAGUAAUGCAAGGCAAUUUACAAAAAGACACAACAUUUACGAAAAUAUUUGUUGGAGGUUUACCGUAUCAUACAACUGAUGAAACAUUACGAGCCUUUUUUUCUAAAUUUGGUGAUAUUGAUGAAGCAGUUGUCAUAACAGACCGAAGUACCGGAAAAUCUCGUGGCUAUGGAUUUGUAACAAUGGCACAAAAAGAAGGCGCAGACGAAGCUGUGAGAGAGCCAAAUCCAACUAUCGACGGGCGUCGUGCUAAUGUUAAUUUAGCAUAUUUAGGUGCUAAAAAUCGAACUGCGACUUUACCAUUCAAUUACAGUGUAAUUACUCGUAUGCCUACAUAUCAAUCGACUGCUGCUGCUUAUCCUUCCAAUGUUGUGUAUUAUCCAUUGGCUCAACAAUCAGGGCUUCAACAGCCUGUUUAUUUAGCGCCAACAAAUGCUGGAACAGCAACAUCCUGGCCGUCAAAUCUAUUUUCACAAUUUAAUCUUGCCAAUCUAUCAGCUGGAGGAACAACAAAUACGAAUGUAUCGACAACAUUAAAUAACGGAAAUACAGCAUCACCACAGACUGUUUAUGAAGUGCAACCUGCUCUAUUUGAAUCAACAACAUCAGCAACUGGACAACAAUUAUAUUGGCCGAGUUAUAAUUAA